AUGGCGCCUUCAACUCGAUUGCGAGCCAUGCCAAGUCGCCGGGUUGAUUACGCAGAAUCGUCUUCAGCUGCCCCAUCAGGCACGCGUGCUAAUCCUAUCCUCGCCGAUGACAGUCCGGAACCUAGAUCGUCGCCAGAGCCACCUAGACGUGUCCAUAGAGAUCGCCCUAGGCGCUCCGUUGUCGCUCCUCGGCCGCGGUCCUUUCUGGGCCCUUUUACACCUGUUCCUCCGCCAGUUCUGAAUCGUGUUCCUCGUGUCAAGGCCGGCGCUAUCGUGAAGCCAAAGCAGAAGGCACGCCCGUCCAAGCAAGAGUGCUUACUAUGUGCGGUUACAAAGGGCACCAGCCGUUGCUUCAAGAAAUCAGAAAAUGUUUGCGAGCAUUUCCAGGUCAUCUGCAACCAAUGCAUCCAAAAAAUGCUCAAGACAAAGGUUGCUCAGCAACAACUCGAAAAAGCAGAGCUGAUCUGUCCCUUUGGCAAUUGCGGGCAUGAACUCGACUUUGGAGCUCUCAAGACCACAUUGCUGAAGCAUGUAUUCGAAGCCUACGAUACAGCCGUCAUGAAAUACACUCUAUCUACAAGCGACUGGUACAUCACCUGUCUCUCAUCUAAAUGCGGCCUACCAUUCUCUAUCGAAGACUGCAUGAAGAAGAAGAGCACUACCAAGGCCAUCACGUGCCCUUAUUGCGAGUAUAAAUCCUGCCUUGAGUGUUACCGACCCUGGGACACGCACGAUGGCGUUAAUUGUGACGAGGCGAAGAAGUCAGAAGACGCAAAGUCCGAGGCGACCCUCAAGAAGAUGGGCGCGAAGCCCUGUCCAAAUUGCGGGAUCAAUAUCCAGAAGGAUGGUGGAUGCGACCACAUAAAGUGUCAGCACUGCCGUUACAACUUCUGCUGGACCUGUCUCGUCGGAUACAAGGCCAACAUGGAACAUCUCGGUAACUGCCCUCAGCGGGUACGCCCUAUUGCCAACGAUCCUGGUAACUGGGUUCCUCAUAACCUCGACAACAAUCAAAUCGUCGCGCUCAUAACCCAGGCGUAUGAGCGUAGAAACGACCCGGUUCCACCUCAUGCUCUACCCCUUGCUCCAGCACCCAACAAUGGUGACUGA